UAAAAUCGAAAAUUUUCAAAAAUUAGAGCAAGAGACUUACAUUUAUUUGUGUCAGUUUUUUUCUUCAUUUCUGAACGGGAGUCUCUGAGCCCCCGGAUGUCCUAGAGAACUGUAUUACCGCAGCCGCAGAACCGUUAUCCGCUGCUUGUACGACUGACGCGCGUGGCCAGCCCGUGGCACGCCUCGCGUGACUGACACUUCGGUUAUAGUCGAACAUUUGGAGCGGAAUAAAGUUUGUGUUCGGAGGAAAUGAGUCGGCCGGCGCUAGCGGAGUAGGACUGUAAUUCCUGGAGAAGAAGGCGGACGGGGUUCGUAUGUGGGUGUACCAUCCUGCGAUAGCCGCCACCGAUCUUUUUAGUGUAUUUUAUUAUUUAUUUAUGCAUCCACUUAGCUAUUUAUGAGUUGACAGCGACCUACGUUUAAUUAGUCUGCUGGGCGAACUCCCAGUUUUGUUUAUUACUGGUAACAGCAUACACAUGUUUUUUUUCGUUGAAAUAUUUUGACUGUUAUAGAGAAGUGUUCGAUGUGCUAUUGACUGCUAGUCAGGAAACAGUUGGGACUGCCGAUGUUGCCAUAUAACGAUAACUGGACGCUUGUCAUGUCUGUUGCUUACUAACUUAAAGGCUUGAGCGCCCCAUAUUUAACGAUCAUCAUUAAUUAGCGAGCUAACUCCAGUUUACAGGAUGACGAUGAACGAUAAGGUCACCGAUUUCUUUUGCCAGGUGACUGGCGUCGUUCAGAUUAUAUGACUAGGGAGGAUGCCCCUUUUAGUUUAUCUUAGCCAACUAGAUAACCACGUAAAUAUAUAUGCAUAUAAACUCAACACUAUAAUUGAAAAUGAAACGUUGUAAAUCGGACGACUUUACUUCGACUGAGGAGGGCGGUAGCCCGACUUUGUGCGGUGCGAAGGAGGAUACACCCAGUGUUUUCAUUGUGGAGGUGAAACACAGCGACCCUCCUGGGGGUCAUUCCGAGGUAAAUCCCACCAGCCAGACCCCGCAAUCUGCCGUAACCAGGACCAAACCACCAGAUCUAAAGAAGAUUCAGCAGUUGUCAGAGGGUUCCAUGUUUGGCCAUGGACUGAAGCAUUUAUUCCACAGCCGCAGGCGCUCGCGCGAACGAGAAGUUCCGAGCCCCCAAGAGCCAGGGACAGGUUUGGCAGCGGGGCCAGCAGCCGCAGCGGCAGCGUCCCACUCAGACCAUGAAUCUGCAGAUGAGAAGGAGCGUUCACCUGAGAUGCACCGGGUGUCAUAUGCUGUAUCACUGCAUGACCUGCCAGCCCGACCCACGGCAUUCAACCGUGUACUGCAGCAGAUCCGUGCUCGCCCACCCAUCAGGCGUGGCGCCAGCCUGCACGCUAGCGGCCGGCGCACCAAGAGCAACCCUGCGGCCGAGGCACCAAGAGGAGGCAGCCCGCACUUGGCCCGUCGGACACCCCAAGAUGGGCCUCCAGGGCUGGCUCCUCACCAGAGUCGGCCCCGCUCUUCUUCCACCACCGAUGCAGCUCUGCUGACCAGUGAGGUGCCAUUGAAUCUGGGCCCUGAGGAGGCUGAGAGGUCGACUGACAGGCUGGACCGAGGUGAGUGGAGCUUGGGCCUGCCUGUCCCAGCCAGCCAUGGCGGCUCCGAUGGCAGCCUAGGCAUCGAUGUCCCUGAGACGGCCGAUCCUCAGCGUCUGCGAGCCGCCGUGCAACACUUACAGCAGAAGGUGCUGAAAGUGACGGAGCAGAUCCGCGUGGAGCAGGAGGCACGCGACGGUCACGUGGCUGAGUACCUGAAGCUGGCUCACAAUGCCGACAAGCAGCAAGCCGCUCGCAUCAAACAGGUGUUUGAGAAGAAGAACCAGAAGUCAGCACAGACACUUAGUCACCUGCACAAGAAGUUGGAGCACUAUCACAAGAAGCUGAAGGAGAUUGAGCAGAACGGCCCAACUCGCCAGCCAAAGGACGUGUUGCGGGACAUGCAGCAGGGUCUCAAGGAUGUGGGUGCCAAUGUGCGGGCUGGCAUCAGUGGCUUUGGGGGAGGGGUGGUGGAGGGGGUCAAAGGGGGGGUAUCUGCUCUUUCUCACACGGCCGUGGUGUCCAAGCCACGGGAAUUCGCUAGCCUGAUCCGCAACAAGUUUGGCAGUGCGGACAACAUAGCGCAGCUGAAGGACACGCUGGAGGACCCGCGGGCCGAGGACACGCCACGCACGCUCAGCGGCAGCGCCACUUUGGUCUCCAGCCCCAAGUACGGCAGCGAGGACGACUGCUCCAGUGCCACGUCUGGUUCGGCAGGCAGCCCUGCGGGACCAGCAGCAGGAAGCCCGAGGGCCCACACGAUGAACGGCUCUUGGGAUGCCCUGCUGGAGGAGCUGCGGGACAUCAAAACUGGACAGGAGCAUCUUGAAGACGCCAUGGUGGACCUGAAGACCCAGCUGCAGAGGGACUAUGACUACAUGACUCAGUGGCUACAGGAGGAGCGCUACAGAUAUGAGCGUCUGGAGGAGCAGCUGAAUGACCUGACAGAGUUGCACCAGAACGAGAUGAGUAACCUGAAACAGGAGCUCGCCAGCAUGGAGGAAAAGGUGGCCUAUCAGUCCUAUGAGAGAGCCAGAGAUGUUCAGGAGGCAGUGGAAUCGUGUCUGACCCGCAUCACCAAACUGGAGCUACAGCAGCAGCAGCAGCAGGUGGUGCAGCUGGAGGGUGUUGAGGGGGGGGCCGCCCGCGCCCUGCUGGGGAAGCUCAUCAACGUGGUGCUGGCCCUCAUGGCCGUGCUGCUGGUGUUCGUGUCCACGCUGGCCAGCUUCAUCACGCCACUGAUGAAGAGCCGCGAGCGCGUGGCUGCCAGCCUGCUGCUGGCGUUGCUGCUCUUCUCGCUUUGGAAACACUGGGACCUGCUGCAGUCGUGGCUGUGGGCCAGCUGAGGUCCCGGCACCUUGCAGAGGGGAGCUGGGCUCCCAGCGCCCACCCAUGUCUGAAGAAUCGACAUCUCCACCCUGUGCUUGCAACUUGUAUUCACUUGCAUCUGCAGAAGAACCUGGGGGGCGUAUGUUAGUGUACACUGCAAUAACAUGUGCAAUGCUUUGUUCAUAUGACCAACAGCCACUUUUUAUUUUAAGGAAAGCCUGGUAGCCUGAUUGAAGUAUUUCUUCCCAAGUGGGGGAUGGGAUGAGGGAAGUGCUAGGCUAUGGUGGCAUGCGUGGCAUUUAAAUCGAUUCUUAUGUAGGAGAGGUGCUAAGAUGUGCAUCUUCCCGGUGUGCCCAAGUCUUUUCAGUUUUAUAAAUACUCUUUUACAAUGUGAAACAACAAACUUACUACUGACACUCGCUCUUCACUGCCCAACUAAUGUAUUUAUUUCUUUUUCUAAGUUUUUGGUAUUUUUAUCAAAUACUGUUUUUUUUUUAAUAAUAUGACAUCAUUUUGAUGGACAUUCUGGAAGAAUACCCUUAUUCCAAGUGAGCCCAAAAUGCUUUUUUGCUGACUGUAUCAGAGCAGCAGCUAACGGCAGAGAAGGUAAUGUUUUUUGAUGGUCGACUCUUAGUAAGAGUGACCACAGGGGAUGCCCAGUACUGACUAGUAGUUACAAUUUUAUGCCUGGUUAAAUGAAGCUACUGUAGGUCAUCUGCAAAGGAACAUCUCACACAGACCCUAAACCUGUACAAGGUGUGGACUGACAUGGAAUGUAGCAGGUGAAAGGAGAAGGGGAAUGGAUUGUGUACAGAAGUCAUUGCAUUUCAAUUCCAAGGUAAAUUGCCAAAGAUGAAGGAUGUCAUGUGAAGUUAUCCUACACAGUCAAAAGUAUGCAUCAGUAUUAAUGCUGAUGUGGACUGUGCAGGAAUGUUCAUGUACCACUCGAGGAGUCGGAGGGUAGAGAAACCUAUGAGUGACUGCGAAGGAAUUCUUAAACCUGCACUGAGGACGAAUACUGCAGCAUUUUGAUGACUUAACUUUAUGACUGAAAAGGUGGGAACUACUGAUUCAAAGACUAUUCUGGGUUUUUAGAUUUUAAUGGGACUUCAGCUGUGAAGAUCUUGAUACAAGGAGAGCAGGGUAAAGAAAAACAAGUAAGAUGGAUGGAAAAGUUACAGGUGGUGGUAGGAAAACCCUGGUGUGAGGAAGAAAAGCAUCUGCUUUCUGCAUGAACAGUGGAGAUGAACCAACAUAUUACCUGAAAUAGCUGUACCAUCACCAAAGCCAGUCACACCUUCCUGCAUCACUAACAUUGACUGUGUAUGCUUUACUCCAGGGUAUGCGAUAUUGACUGUGUGCAUGUUGUUCUGUGAUUGUGCUUGUUGCUAUGCCAGCACAUUUCUUCACCUGUCCGUGCUGCUGUGUUGCAGAUCUUGCAGUAGCUUUGUUGUGGGGUGUGUGAUCUGUGUCUCCCUCCCUUCCAAAGAACAGCUGAAGUCUCAUCGCAUAAGUUGGUACUUAAACGUGUCUCACAAUUAUGCAUUACAGUGUCAGUAAAAGCAAGACAGGAAGUUACAGAAAUUACAGCUCUGAGUAGGAGGUAGCUUUUUUAAUACCUGCUAUGAGCAGGAACCAGACCAGUAUCUAUUGGUAGUUUUCAACUUAUUUUUAAAAUCUGUUUUCCUCAGUUUUCUCAUAAAUACUGUGAUAGUACAUGAAAUGUCCCACCAUGACCUUGCCUGUCACAUUGAUGUACAACAACAGAUGAACACAAGUGAGUUUCACAUUUCCUCCAGUAAUUAUGUUUGGGCUCUACACUCCAGAAUAUCCUGCUUGGGAUCAAUAAAGUCUGUUUGUCAGUGUAUGUCAUUAAAUGUUUAAACAAAAA